UGCGCCUCCACUACGCCAGCUAGUCGAGUUGAUCGUGCCUCCUCAAUAGGAACUCGAUAAAUAUUGUCAUCGAGAAAUUUCUAACAGUAUUGUCUUUAUUGUCUUCCUUCAACUUUCUAAUUUCUACUUAGUACAUCAUAUUUGUUGUGCCUAAGUAUCACGUUACCCAUCAGUGCUUACCUAGUACCCUAGUACUCCCUUCAUCUACCGGUCCUCCCUAAUAGAAUUCGAACCCCGCAUUGCCUACAUCGAGUCUUCGUAAGCCAUAGAAGAGCCGUAGGCAAUAAUUGAAGUCAACUAGGAAAACCCGCAUUAGGUAUAAGACUUACCGAUAGACAACCUGAAGCCGAUGUCAUAUCCUUAUUACGGCCAGUCGGGUGGAUAUCCCGGCUACGGCCAACCACCGUCACAGCAAUACCCUCUUCAGGGCCAAUAUCCCCCACCCCAGGGCUAUCCCGGUCAAGCAAGCCCUUAUCCUCCGGGAGGUCAAUAUCCUCCCCCACCGCCGCAACAGAGCCCAUACCCCGGCCAACCCGGUGGUUACCCUCCCGCUCCGAAUCAAGGAUACUACGGAGCCCCGCCGCCCCAGCCAGGUUAUGGACCGCCUCCGGGCCAAUACGGCGCACCACCACCGCAACCACCGCCACCUCAGCAAGCAUAUCAGUCUUACCCACCACCUGGCCCCGGGGGUCCCCCCACCCCACCCAGCGUGGGUUACGGCCCUCCCCAGGUAAUUAACUGGGAUGCGACUCCCGAUGCUAGAGCGCUUCGGGGCGCCAUGAAGGGUUUCGGCACGGACGAGAAGGCGUUAAUUCGGGUCCUGGCCACGAAAGACCCCUUGCAGAUCGAGGCGAUCAAGUCGGCCUACUUCCGGAGUUUCAGCCGCACGCUCGAGAAGGACAUCGUGUCGGAGACGAGGGGAUGGUUCGAGACGGGGCUCGUUGCGAUCGUCAGAGGCCCCCUGCUCCACGAUGUCCAUCUGCUCAACUCUGCGAUGGACGGCCCCGGAACGAAGGAGAAGGUUCUCAAUGACGUGCUUUUGAGCCGCAGUAACGCGGAUUUAAAUUCGAUCAAGCAAAUGUACCGGCACACGUUCCACCGGUCGCUUGAGAGCGAUGUGAAGGGUGACCUCAGUAUGAAGACCGAAAGGCAUUUCUUGAUUGUCUUAGGAGCAAAUAGGGCCGAAGACAGCGCCCCGGUUAUCCCCCAGGCUAUUGACCAGGAUGUAAUGGAGCUGUAUCGUGCGACGGAGGGCAAAGUAGGCACCGACGAGAUGAUGGUGUGCUCCAUUCUGUCUACGCGAAACGACAAUCAAAUCCGGGCUAUCAAUCAUGCCUACGAACAAAAAUUCAGAAGACGGUUGGAAGAUGUCAUCAAGAAGGAGUUCAGUGGUCACAUGCAACAGGCUUUGCUAUAUCAACUACGUAAUGCUGUUGAUAAGUAUAUGCAUGCGGCUUCAUUGCUCGAAGACGCGAUGGCAGGUCUAGGGACGAAGGAUCAUCUUUUGGUGUCUAGAGUGGUGAGAUAUCAUUGGGAUAGGCAGACGAUGGCGAAUGUCAACGGGGCGUUCCAGCAGCGCUACCGACGAAGCCUUGCCAGUCGAAUCAAAGGCGAGACAAGUGGUGACUAUCAAAGGCUCAUGCUUGCUUGUAUCGGAGAACCAGUUUAAGCCAUGUCGGGAAGGUUAGUUACGCUUUGACGUAACUUAUUUGGCGCUAUCGGUUUCCUGAAUACCCUUUGGUGAUUAUGGCAAUACCAACGCGGAAGAUAGAUAGGAGCUUCUAUGAUAUCCCUAAGUUACUUGAGAUGUACUACGCUCAUUGAUAACUAUUCGCAUUGAUGUGUGCGUAGCUACGGAAAAGGGGCGUGUGUUUUUAAGUUGUCUAAUUCGUCUGUUCUUCCGAAUCUCGAUCGGAACCGCCAAUAGCUUCAAUGCCAAUAUGAUGUGCUGUAUGUUUUGGUUGUUGGAAUACACAAUACUCCUCUAGGAUGGUGCAAUCGGAAUUAUCUGCCCAAU